AUGAAAGUUGUCCAAGUCUGCCUGGCCGUGCUCGUGAGCACUGGUGUGGUUUCUGCUGCUCCAUGGCUCAACGCUCGUGAUGAUGAUCCUGCCUGCUAUAAGUGCGACUACAAGAACGAUGACUACGGCAAGAAAUACGGCGGAUCCUACAAUUCCUGCGAGAAACCCUUCGAUGGCCACUACCCGAAGCCAAACUACAAGAAGGAAGACACAUGCUACGUCGUCGAGUACAAGAAGGACAACUGCAACCAGGAUUACGGCGGUGCAUAUAACUCCUGCGACGGCAACUUUAACAAACACUACAAGAAGCCGAAGUGCAAGAAGGAGGAGGAAGAAAAGACAAAGACAAAGACAAAGACAAAGACGACCAGCUCCAGCACAAAGACAACAAGCUCUAGCACUAAGACGACUAGCUCCAGCACCAAGAAGACCGACUCCAGCACAACCAAAGACCAGCAGAGUUCGACCACUAAGAAGCCGGAGAGCUCGUCCUCGACCAAGAACCAGCAGAGCUCAUCAUCAACGAAGAAGCAAGAGAGCUCGUCUACAACCAAGAAGCCGGAAACUUCCUCCUCUAGCAGCACCAAGAAGCAGGAGAGCUCCUCUACAACUAAGAAACCGGAAAGCUCGUCUUCUAGUACCAAGAAGCAGGAGAGCUCGUCAUCUAGCACUAAAAAGCAAGAAAGUUCUUCGAGCACGAAGAACCAACAGAGCUCAUCGUCAACCAAGAAGCAAGAGAGCUCGUCCACCACCAAGAAGCCAGAAACCUCAUCCUCCUCCAGCACUAAGAGACAGGAGAGCUCGUCCACUACUAAGAAACCGGAAAGCUCGUCGUCGACCACCAAGAAGCAGGAAAGCUCGUCCUCCACCACCAAGAAGCAAGAAAGCUCCUCCUCGAGUACAAAAAAGCAGGAGAGUUCAACCUCGAGCACUAAGCAGCAGGAGAGUUCGUCAUCGACCAAGAAGCAGGAGAGCUCAUCAUCGACCAAGCAACCGGAAAGCUCGUCCUCCAGCACUAAGAAGCAGGAAAGCUCUUCGAGCACGAAGAAACAGGAGAGUUCGACCACUCAAAAGCCAGAAAGCUCAUCAUCAACUAAGAAGCAAGAGAGCUCGUCAUCGACCAAAAAGCAGGAGAGUUCAAGUACCAAGAAGCAGGAGAGCUCGACCACGAAGCAGCCGGAAAGCUCGUCUUCAUCCAGCAAGAAGGAGGACAGUACCUCGUCCACUAGCAAGAAGGAAGAGAACACAUCGUCGACCAGCAAGAAGGAGGAGAACACAUCAUCAUCGACCAAGCAACAAACCACCCUGAUAACUACGACAACCGAAUCCAAAUCUCCAUCCAAUACCCCAACCCCACCGAGCUCGCCGACCAAGCCGACCAAGCCGCCAAAGCCAACUCAGACAAACGUGAGCCAAACCAAUAAUUGCGGUAACGGUGCCACGCCGUUCUGCUGCAACACCGACAAUUCGGGCGCCUACACAACUUGCUCUCCCAUGAGUGGCGGUUCCACAUGCUCGGUAACGGUCGUCUGCUGCAAUGCAAACAACAGUGUCCAAAUCUGCCUCGGCGGCGCCACCAUCAACAACAACGUCAAUAUUGUUACCUGA